CAGGGGGCAGCACGGUGCGCGCAGUCAGCUGAUGUCCGAGAAGCCGCCAGAUUCAAAUUGUUGCUCUAGUUGUGACUCGAAGGCGACUCUGGUGCGUUCCGCCUCAGGGCACUUCUUGAAACGGAUUGGAUGCAUCGAAAAAUCUGAUAGAACGGAGAACUGCAUCGGCGUAUCCGAGCGAUUAGACGCGAAGCAGAAAGUGAAAGGUUCCUGCGACACGGGUACACCAACACAACAGGUUGGCUAUUCUCUUCUGCUCCAACGACGCGACUGCCGAAAAAUGGAUCCGUAUGUUUUGAUUCGUGGAUUGAAGUUUCCGAGGGAUUAUUCCCCUUCAAAAAUCUCCGAUUCGGAGGCCCCGCGACGACGAAAAGCAGGAAUAGUUCCAAAACUUUACGGACGUCUCACCUGUGGGAAAUCAGUCAUUGCUUAUGUCUGUCACCAUUGCAAUAAGAUUUUCACAAAUCAAUUGGCCAUCCAAAAUCAUGUCAGAAAUGAGUGUGAAUGUUUUAAAAAUGUCUUGAAGUGUGAAUUGUGUGAUAAAAUAUUCACUGGCAGUGACCUACACAACUAUGUUCUCCACAAGGAACUGAAACACUCAAUGAGAUGCUCUGUCUGUUCAAAGAGCUUUAUAACUGAGAGGAGACUGGUGCUACACCGCAGAUCUCAGCACCCAGAGAUAAAGUUCUAUUACCAGUGUGAUUUGUGUCGCAAAGGCUUUAAGACUAAACCAAAACUUCUAGAACAUUAUAAAGACCAUAGACGUCAGGAAGCUUCUGAGGUGACGAAGCUGAAGCAGUAUCGCUGUUCAUACUGCAGACAGGUUUGCUUUGGGUUCAAAAAAUUGACUGCCCAUUACAGAGAACAUCAGACUGAGAAGAGGUUAGCAGAAGAAGAAACAAGAAGGUUGUCUGCAUAUGAUAAAGUCCGUAAAAGAAGGAAGCGAAAAAAAUCAGAUGUGUCCAUUCGGAAUUUCCCAACUGUUGGAACUCUGCCUUUUGAAGGUAGAAAAAUUUAUGUAUGCUAUCUUUGUAAUAUCUAUUUUAAUGAGGCUUGCGAACUAAGGGACCACAUGGAAAAUCAUGUAGAUGGAGUGUGUAUGAAGUGUCACAUAGACUUUUCUACAUCCGCUGAUCUCAAAAUACACCAAAACUUGAUUCAUUAUUACAAGUGCAAAACGUGUUAUCUUACCUUUGUGAAAAAGUCUCAUCGCAAGAACCACAAAAUAUCAUGCAAAGGAGUGAAGAAUGGUAUAAAACUUUAAUUUUAGGAAGAAAUUUGCUAUUUUUUUUACUAAUUUUAAUUGUUUAUAUUAUUAAUGUUUCUACACUUUAGUCUUGCUAGUUUUGUACAUACAUUUUGCUACUCUUAUAAUGAAUUUGUGGUGUGUGAGUUAGGCCGAAAUUGAAAGAGAUCAGCUAUUAUAUUUUUGAAAUAAAUGUAUUUAAAAUAGAG